AUGUUGUCCCAACAAUUCUUGGCCUCGCCCCAAUUCAAGCUCGUUCUGUUGGUGGGAAUGGUCCUUCAAAACUCGGCCACUGUCUUGGUGGGUCGUUACACCCGUUCGGCGGUUCCUUCCAAUGAACUUUAUGUGGUCAAUCACUUGAUUCUAGUGACAGAGAUUGGCAAAAUGCUUUUGUCAUGCGCCUUUGAACAUUUUACCACAGGAGGACAACUCAUGGAUUCCAUUCAAUCCAACAUUAUUGAUGCUCCCUACGAUGCUUUGAAGAUUCUGGUUCCCGCAUUAUUGUAUCUAGUCCAAAACUCGCUCUUGUAUGUCGCUUUGAGUAACCUAACGGCUCCCAUCUUUCAAGUUACUUAUCAAGCCAAGCUGGUCACCACGGCUGUGGUUUCGGUCAUGAUGUUGAACCGAAAAUACAGCUUCCAACAAUGGGUCUGUUUGGUCGCGUUGAGUAUUGGUGUGGCCAUUGUCGUUUUGGGAGAAACGGGGGACAAUAAGAAAAAGGAAGAAACGGCAGCGGGAGAACAAUCCUUGACGGCGGGGCUCUUGGCCGUCACCGUCGCGUGCUUUUCCAGUGCCUUGGCCGGAGUCUACUUUGAGAAGGUGGUCAAGGCCACAUCACCAGGAGCGCAAAAGAAAAAGCCAGUCUCCGUGUGGAUGCGAAAUAUUCAAUUGGCCUUUUUCACCAUUGUCACGGCUUCCAUGAAGGAUUUGUUUACCGUUGCCCCUGCUAGUGCUGCAAAUGCCGCUGUCAGUCAACCUUACUUUCAUGGAUUCACUACGUGGGUCUGGAUUUUGGUCUGCUUGCAAGCUGGAGGUGGUCUAUUGGUGGCGGCUGUCAUCAAGUAUGCCGAUAAUGUUUUGAAGGGACUGGCCACUGGUGUCAGUGUUUGCUUUGCCACUGGAGUUUCUACCGUUCUCUUUGGAACACCGCUCAGUUCACAAUUUGCGGUGGGGGCCCUCCUGAUUCUCGUGUCGGUCUAUUUCUUUUCCAAUCCUAUCAAGACCAAGGAAAAGUCCAUGGCACCCGAAGCAGAGGAUAUCAGCAGAAGUCCAUCCUCCAAUGAACAUGUGCUUCCAAAGUAA